AUGCAAAGACACGAUGCAGAAACUGUCACAAAACAGACCCUUACGCAAUGGGAUCGGUCCUUCAUGAAGGCUCAUCAGCCGGCCAACAGAGCCUCAGACACCACCAAGCCACGCUCAUUAAAUUGGCCAAUUGUGUUUUUUCUCAUCGGCAUCCCAGUAGGGGCCAUUUUUUCUCUUUUAUGGGUUCCUGUGUACAAAGAGACUAUUCUGAUGAUGCCGGCCUGGAUGGUCUUUCGAACCCUCGCUAUCACAGGUGGUUAUCAUCGACUAUGGUCUCACAGAGCCUAUACAGCUAGCUCUCCCUUGAAGCUUUUCCUAGCAAUCAUUGGCGCUGGUGCGGGACAAGGCAGUAUCAUAUUCUGGUGCCGCGGUCACCGCGCUCAUCAUCGCUACGUCGACACUGAUGACGAUCCGUACAGCAUCAAGAAAGGCUUUUUCCACGCACAUAUCGGCUGGAUGCUAUAUGAGAACGAGGGAAUCCCUUACGGUGUCCCAAUCAACCGUCAAGUAGACAUCAGUGACCUCAAAUCCGACACAAUCGUGCGAUGGCAGCACCGCAACUAUGUGCCCUUGUUCCUUCUUGUGGGGUAUAUCGCUCCCUCGCUGGUCUGUGGCCUACACCAUGGAGACUAUUUAGGUGGAUUUCUCUACACGGGAUGCCUUGCAGUGGCUCUAGCGCAACAAGGCACUUUCUGUGUAAAUUCUGUUGCGCAUUGGGUGGGCGAUCAGCCAUAUGCAUCUGAGAAAUCUCCGAGACAGAGCCAUUUGGCUGGCCUUUUGAUGCUGGGUGAGGGUUAUCAUAAUUUCCAUCACGAGUUCCCGAUCGACUAUCGGAAUGGUCCUCAGUGGUAUGAUUUGGACAUGACCAAGUGGAUGAUAUGGACUCUUUCUCAGUUCGGACUUGCUUCCAAGCUGAGACGUUUUCCACGAAAUGAGAUUGAGAAGGGCAGGAUCCAGCGGAAAUGGGAAGUUUUGAGUACAGAAGGUGAGACGGUUGAUUGGGGUGUACCACCUGAAGAACUACCGAUUAUGGAGUGGGAGGAAUUCCAACAACAAGCGAGAACAGGGUGUAACUUUGUUGUUAUCAAGGGGAUUGUGCACGAUGUUUCCGCGUUUGUGACUGAGCACCCUGGAGGCACAGCUUUGAUUACUGGAGCCAUCGGCAAGGACGCGACGGACAUGUUUGAGGGUGGAGUAUAUCCUCAUUCUGGUGCAGCUGUUAACCUUUUAGAUACCAUGAGAGUGGCCGCAAUCGCACCCACAACCAAAUCCAUCUAG